AUGGACCCCUCCAAGGAGGCCCCUCGGGCUGAUACGCUCGCGCGGGUCCACGAUAACGAUCGUGACAAUACGGCGACGACGACGACCCCUUCCCAAUAUGAUUUGGCGGACUCUUUGAAUCGCCUGACUCUGGCAAACGCAGCGGCCAUUCCCUUACCUCCAUCGCCGUCGAGAUCACCUCCUCACGAUGUCUCGUUGCGACCAAGUCUCCCCAUCGCAAUCGCAGUUGAUCGCGCGCCAACCCCGAUUCGCGCCUCCAGCUCCAGUUCAACUUCACUGCGAGACGAACACGGUAGAACGGUCCCAGUCCUUCAGAAGCGACCUUCUGCUACAUCUUUGCGAUCUGUAUCCCAGCCUGCAGCUCCCAAAAUCACAAGUGCCAACGUGCCUGAACCAAAACGAACCCCCAGCUUCACUUCUCUACGUGACGAGCGUCGCAAAUCGAUUCCCACCCUUCAGAAACGCACAUCUACAACGUCUCUGAGAUCAACUGCUCCUCCUUCCCCAAUCCCAGUCUCCUCUCGUCGCUCUUCUACCAACUACCCUGCUUCACCAACACCCUCUACUUCGCCUGCGAUGGCUUCACGCCUGGCACCCCCCCCACCGGAGGCGCAAGCCCCAACAGCUGCUUCAGUGGCUGCAGAGCACUUCCAGAAAGAAAUAGAGCUGCACCAGAUUGUGGAUCUCAAGUCCAACACUGUUGUGGUGGUUCAUGAUGCCUGCUACGGACACCGAUUCUCACGCCCCCGCGCCUCCAAGGCUGUUCUUUCUUCAAUCGUGGAGAGACCUGAGCGCAUUCGUGCCUGUGUACAGGGAAUUUCCGCGGCAUACGUGCUUAUGGGCCGUCGACACGAAGGAGAACGCUUUGCGCUCCGGCCUGAUCUAGAUCUAUCUCUGCUUCCUCCCCCGCCUUUCCAGAUUCGCAAGACAUCGCGCUCACUGCCACUUCACGAUCUUGCUGUUACGAAUGUCCAUGGUACUCAGUGGAUGGCUGAUUUGAAGAGUAUGUGUGAUACCGCGGAGUCACGCCUCGCGCUGGGUUCUAAGGAACUCGAUCGCCCGCGCACUGAGGGCAUCGAUGGUACCGUUAAAGGGCCAGAACUCCACUCUGGUGAUCUCUACCUCUGCUCUGAAUCUCUGGAUGCAUUCCAGGGUGCUUUGGGUGGUGUAUGCGACGGGAUCGAUGCUGUUUUUGGCCAAGGUCCGACUACGCGGGCCUUUGUUUGCAUUCGACCACCGGGUCACCACUGCUCCGCCGACUACCCUUCUGGCUUUUGCUGGAUCAACAAUGUUCUUGUUGGAACCUCUUACGCGGCAAUCAAUCACGGACUGACUCAUGCUGCUAUUCUGGAUUUCGAUCUCCACCAUGGUGAUGGGUCUCAGGAUAUCGUGUGGAACCGCAACUACCAGGCAUCGAUGGCUGCGAAGAAUGCGCCAGCCUACAAGAAAACCGUGAUUGGAUACUACAGCCUCCAUGACAUCAACUCCUACCCCUGCGAGAACGGCGAACCGGACAAAGUGCGCAACGCAAGCGUCUGCGUUGACAGUUCGCACGGCCAGUCUGUCUGGAAUGUCCACCUGGAGACAUGGGAGACCGAAGCCGAAUUUUGGGAAUUGUACCGGACCAAGUACAUUACCCUGAUCAACAAAGCACGCAACUUCCUGCGAGCUCAAUCUCAGCGACUCGCCCACAAUCCCGGCGGACCUACUCCCAAGGCCGCCAUCUUCAUUUCGGCCGGUUUCGAUGCCAGCGAAUGGGAAGGCGUUGGCAUGCAGCGACACAAAGUCAACGUUCCAACCGAGUUCUAUGCUCGGUUCACAGCUGAUGUUGUGCGCAUGUCCCAGGAGGAGGGCCUUGGAGUGGAUGGACGCGUGAUCAGCGUGUUGGAAGGCGGUUACAGUGACCGAGCUUUGACAAGCGGUGUCCUCAGCCACCUUGCCGGACUUGGCGAUGCGAAUCCAUCGCUGGACGUGUCUGUUUCGACUGAGAUGGAAUAUGAGAGCAAGUGGUGGUCCGCAGAUCACCUCACUGAGCUAGAGACUCUCACAUCCCCACAGAUCAAGCGAGAGAAGACAUCACCCACCUUCCUCGCAUCAACAAAGGCAUUCGAUGCCAAAGUUCUCUCCACAGCUCGGGAUCGCAAACCAUUCGGUCCCUACACUCCAGGCACGACCCCUCUUCCAGAGGUUAACUGGGCGACGGCAGCACACGAGCUGUCCAAGAUUCUCACCCCCGACGAGGGCCGCCAGACAAUGAGCUAUAGAUUUGAGGAUCUAAAUGCCGAGGCCUCUCGUCGGCGCCGUGAGCGCCAGUUAACCCUGGAAGGAAUGAAAAUCGCGGCCCUUCCAACUCCCGCUCCUCCUCAUGAGGAAAGACGUCAGCUGCGCAUGCGAAAGGCCAAGUCUCCUGCUCCGUUUUCACCGAGAGGGCCGACGCCGAAACAGACCCUGCGCAAGAAUCGUCGCCAGACGCUUGAUGGCGGCGAUUUGCCAGGGACGUCGGGAGAGGUGUCUCCAUCUGUGGGUGCAAGCCGCAGGAAAAACACCACCAAUACAAGCACGAUCUCAACUGAGCCCAUCACUAUGGGGGAUUUGAGUAGUGCACAAGGUGGACUCCUGCUGGCCUCUGCACCCACGGCGACACCUAGGAAGGUUGUGGGCGGGAGAAAGAUGAUUGGGCGAGGGGAUACCCCGAGACGUUCCGCAAGUCCCGGAAAGGAACCCCCAGUGCCCAAGGUGCCAUCGGCUUAUCUGGCGAAGCCUUCGGAUGAUGCCACGGUUACAGAACCUGUCCGUGAAGUCCAGAACAUCUCCGUUGGUCUUCAAAGGAUCAAGCUUAAGCUGCCAACCCCAGAAGAGCAGGCAGCUCGCGAGAAGAAGGCGGCCGAGACGCGCAAGCUUGCCACGGCCAAGUCCAAGGCUCCGAAGUCUCCUGGCCGAAAGGCCGGCAGUACUCGGACGCCCCGUGGCAAGGCAUCGGCUGGCCGCCCCUUCGUUCCUUCGGGUAGUUCACAUGAGCAAGAACUGCCCGAGGCGCAAGCUGCCUCUCUUCUGGGGGAGCCCGAAGAUUCCAGCAUGGAGGACGUGACCAUGCAGGACUUUGGGUGGCAGUAG